AUGUUAAACUUAUUCCUCUUUGUCGGUUGUUACUUUUGGAUUAUAAGCUAUUCAGUGGAAUCCUACGAAUACGGUUAUCAUCCAAGUUCUGAGGAAUUCGAUGGUUUGUUACGGGAAAAAAGUUGGACUCGGGAUAUCCUCUUAAAUGAACGUAAUACGAAAAAGUUCACACCAAAAUUUAAUUUAGGUAAGCCAAGGGACAUUCCGCUUUCGUCCACUCCUCCGGUAAUGGAUAGUCCUUUUUCGGUUGGUUCAAGUGUUGCAAGUGAUAAAUAUAGCCAUCAAUUAUAUACACAAGAUGGCUUGAUAAGUCAUUCUAGUGAAAGUGUCGUCGCGGAAGUGAAUGAAAUCCAAAAUCACAACACUACAUUACCGAUAUUUUUCACAAAUCCUGCCACUGGAAUAGUUUAUGCUAUAACUGAGGUAGGAGUGAAUACUAAUAAAACAGAUCUCUCAAGUAGUGGCAGUAUACCGAUUUUUGUGAGUAAAGAACAAUACGAAAGGGAUUUGUAUUUGUUGAAAAAAAGUUAUGAAUCCAAGUGUUCGGGAAAAAGACAACCAUCGCAAGUAGUUAAAAUAAACAGGAAACCAUCUUCAAAUUUCCACAAUACUAGACUUUUUGUGAAGAGAAAUAGCACUCGCAUUGCAAAGGAGAAAAAACGUAAGCAUCAUCGAAAAUCAAAGAAGGCCAACAAGGAAUUGAAAAAGCUUCAGGAUACUCGAAGUUCAUUGGAAAAAUUGGCAAACCUAGAUACGCAAUUGGAAAAGCCAAAUGGAUUGAAUUUAGUUCCUUCGGUUUUUAGUGAAUCCACAGAUAGUUCCAAAUUAAAUAAAUUUAAACCUGAAAGUGCCUUCAGUAGAUCUAAGAAUGAAUUUUUGUCGGAGGAUUCACACCAGCACAAACUAACUAAAAGAUCUCUAAAUGCUACCGAGAAACCCACCUCAACACUCUCGCAUAUCGAUACUUACGAGAUUUCUACAAGAUCUAUUAACUCUUCGGAUUCAUCAGAGAAAUCCAAAAAAAUUCUCUCAACUCAAAUUCAAGUAACUAGUGAAUAUAUUGAGCCUCCAGCAAAGAUUAGGACACCAAAGAAUUCUAUCGAAGAAACCAGUCAUACUGAGACACCACUUCCGCAAUUACCAUCAUUAACAUCACUAAAACAUCUGAAGCCUCCAUGUAAGAACACUGAGUCCAAAGUUAAAAAGAAGAAGAAACGGCCAGUUUCCGAGGAAUACGAUGAUGAUGAGGAUGACUUUAGCUUUGGGGGAACAUCUUAUAACGAUGGAAGUAGUGAUGAGAGCGACGACGAUGAAUCCUCAAAUCAGGUUGAAUACAGUGAAUCUAGUUUGGAGAAUAAUUUACCCGAUUAUAAUUCUCUUGAGGAAGCAUCGACGAUGAAUCAACAAGACGACAAUUAUCGCCAUAAAAAGACGUCAAGGAAACGAAUUAAACGUCGUAGGCCAUAUGAUGGCAAUGAUGACGGUGAAUAUGCCGACGAAGACUAUGACGCUGAUAAUGAUGAUGAUGAUGACUACGAUAAUGAAAGUGAUGAUGGUGUGUUUGGUAUGAUUCGUGGUUUAUUUACACCAGUUCAGUGGGUAAUGGAUGCGUUAUUUGAUAGGGCCGAGCAAAUGUUUCAGAAGCCUUCGUUGUCAGAGAGUAAUGAUAACCGCAAGCCAAAGUUUCCACAAUAUACUGUUUAUAAUGGAGGUUCAACAAAUGAUGCUGCAGCAAAUAAUAAUAAUGAAGAGACAUAUGAUGGCGAUGAGGAGGGAAACUCUAUAGGAUCGUGGUUUAGUUCAUGGUUUAAAUUAAGGAAACGAAGAGGCACUAGCACUACGCCAGCACCUUCAACGGAUGGAAUGGAGGAAGAACCGAGUUGGUUUGAAUCGUGGUUUGGUUAUGAUACCAAGAUACCUCCUGCCAGCGAGGAAGAUAGUGAACCGUGGUUUUUUGGAUGGUUUAGUGCAAAACCAAGACCUAAAAGAACUACAACAACAACUACUACCACCACAUCUGUACCAAUACUAACUAUAUCCGAACCAUUAAAAAAUCCCCACAAAUGGAUUGGAAUCUUGGCACAGCAUAUUAUCAAUUCGACCUCAACAAAUAGUCCGCUGAUAGAAACCACAACAGAAAAUCCAGAUAUUCCAAAAAAGAUAUCCUACAAUAAAUACCAAAUUUGGCGUUUGAAACCAAAGACUGAAUCCCAGGUCAGAACACUUGAAGAAAUCAAAAAAGAUGAAGAAGGUGCUCGCUUACAAUGGCUUAAAGGACCUUCAUUAAGAGGUUUAACUGAUGUCGUCAUACCCCCCAAAAUGCUUAUAGACUUCCAAGGAACAUUAGAUUUUGAAAACAUCGAUCAUGAAAUUUUAAUUUUCGAUGUUGGAAAAGUUAUCUCAUACGAAAAAGCCAAGCAAGACGAUAUAACGAUUUUAAAAAAGCCUAAUUCUGGAAAACCUAUAAUGUCAUGGAAUAGAUAUUAUGACUAUGAUAGCAUUAUUAAGUACUUGGAAGUGCUUCAAGUACGUAAUUCACAAUAUGUGGAGUUAAUUCAUAUUGGAAGAUCGUAUGAAGGACGACCUCUAGUCAUAGCGAAAGUUGGAUUGAAAAAUUUCAAUGACAAAACGGAGAAGAAGAAAAAACUGAAGCUGAGUAAGAAACCAGAACAAGCAAAUAGUGUGUUUAUAGAAGCAGGUGUUCAUGGACGAGAAUGGAUUGCACCAGCUUCAGCGACAUGGAUGAUCAAUGAGCUGCUGAAAGUUAUGAAAAGCAAUAAGACCAAUCCGGGAACAGAGUACAUCAAGAAUACAACAUGGUAUAUUAUGCCGGUUGCCAAUCCUGAUGGAUACGAAUACAGCCUUGAAUACAACCGACUAUGGAAAAAAUCGCGUUCCCGUCAUAUUUCAAAACCAAGUGGCAUCAUUGAUUCAGCUAUGACUUGGCUACAAAAGAAAAAAUCCGAAAAAGUUUGUUUUGGCGUUGAUUUGAACCACAACUGGCACUUUAAUUGGGGUCGAAAAGGAAGUUCGAAAACACCGUGUAAUGAAUUUUUUGCUGGACCAACAUCAUUCUCAGAACCAGAAACUCGAGCGAUAUCAAAAUUUUUAUUGGAAAAUCGAAAACAAAUAAAGCUUUUUAUAUCACUGCAAGCAUAUGGCCAAAUGAUUUCGUAUCCAAAUAAAUUAAAUGCAUCAUUUCAAUUAGAUAAAUUAGAUGAUUUACUUGAUGUGGCAAUGUUUGCAACAGAUGCUCUCAGGAAAAAAGGAAGCAAUUCUAGAUACAAAGUUGAUGCCAGUAAUGAUUUUGGAGAAAAUAAAUCUGGUUCCUCAGAUUAUUUUGCAGCAUUUGAAGUUGGAAUACCAUUUAGCUAUACAAUCCAUUUAGCUGACAAUGGUAUUCAUGGAUUUCUAUUACCUAGUACUUUUAUUGAACCUACUGCCAAAGAUGCUUAUGAUAUGAUAACGGCUAUGAUUGAUUACAUUUGAAGGACUUAAGAAAU